GGAAAGGCAGCCCAGCAGAGCCCGAGCCUGCUCGCACCCGGCCCCCGGCGGGCUGGCGCCGCGGGCAUGUCGGAGGCGCGCAAAGGGCCGGACGAGGCGGACGAGAGCCAGUGCGACUCGGGAAUCGAGUCUCUGCGCUCCCUGCGCUCCCUGCCUGAGCCCACCCCGGCACCAGUCCCUGGGCCCUCCGACGACAGCGACUCGCAGCCCUGGACGCAGCCCCGAGGCAGCGCCGAGAAGGAAGACGCGGAUGCGGAGAAGGAAGACGGGGAUGGGGAACGGGCUGACUCCACCUACGACUCCUCUUCGCUCACUGGGCCCCUAACCUUGCUGGGAGACCCCGAGGCCAAAGACCCUGCUCCAGGCUCGCCGCUGCUGCUGCCCGCGGGGACGCUGAGUCCUCAGCAGCUGGAAGCCCUCACCUACAUCUCUGAGGAAGGGGACACGCUGGUCCACCUGGCAGUGAUUCAUGAGGCUCCUGACUUGCUGCUCUAUUGUCUGGCUUUGCUGCCCCAGGAGGUCCUGGAUAUUCAGAACAACCUGUACCAGACAGCACUCCACCUAGCUGUACAUCUGGACCAGCCAAAUGCAGUUAGGGCUCUGGUGCUGAAGGGGGCCAGCCGUGCACUCCAGGACCUGCACGGUGACACAGCCCUGCACAUGGCCUGCCAGCGCCAGCACCUGGCCUGUGCCCGUUGCCUGCUGGAGGGACGGCCAGAGGCAGGCAGAGGCCCACCUAACUCCCUGGACCUCCAGCUACAAAACUGGCAAGGUCUGGCCUGUCUCCACAUUGCCACUCUGAAAAGGAACCGGCCGCUAAUGGAACUGCUGCUUCAGAGUGGAGCUGACAUUGAUGCACAGGAGGGCACCAGUGGGAAGACUGCCCUGCACCUGGCUGUGGAGACCCAGGAACGGAGCUUGGUGCAGUUCCUGCUCCAAGCUGGUGCCCGAGUGGAUGCCCGCAUGCUCAAUGGGUGCACCCCCCUGCACUUGGCGGCUGGCCGGGGCCUCCGCAGCAUCUGGUCUGCUCUGUGUGAGGCAGGAGCUGACUCCCUGCUUCGGAAUGUGGAAGAUGAGACACCCCAGGACCUGGUUGAGGAUCCCAUUGCCCUUUUGCCCUUCGAUGACCUGAAGAUCUCGGGAAAGCCACUGCGGUGUGCUGAUUGA